AUGGUUAAUCCAGAUUUAGAAAAUCAAGAACCAAGAGAUGAACAUAUCUUUAUUCAAAAUAAUGAUCAUCCAAAUCAUAAUAACAACAACAGUAAUCAUAAUCUAAAUAAUGAUUAUAAACCAGAUAUAAAUCAUAAAGAUCAUCCUAUAUCAAAAAUUAUAACAGAAGGUGAUUAUAUAACAUUUGGUAAUGAAAAAUAUAAAAAAUCAGAUUUAAUGGAAGCAUUUGGUGGUACAUUAAAUCCAGGAUUAUCACCACCUCCUAAAAAUGAUUUUGCAAAUCCUGCUCCUUUAGGUUUAUCAGCAUUUGCAUUAACUACAUUUGUUUUAAGUUUAAUUAAUUGUGGAGCAAGAGGUGUUAAAAUUCCAAAUAUUGUUGUUGGUUUAGCAUUUUUUUAUGGUGGUGCAGCUCAAUUAAUUGCUGGAUUAUUAGAAAUUGGUGUUGGAAAUACUUUUGGUGGUGUUGCCCUUAGUUCAUAUGGUGGAUUUUGGUUAUCUUGGGCUGCUAUACAUGUCGAAUCAUUUGGUAUUUAUACUGCUUAUGAAGGUAAAGAAAGUGAAUUUGCAAAUGCUUUGGGGAUUUAUUUGGUGGGUUGGUUUAUUUUUACAUUUUUUUUAAUGAUUAUGACAUUAAAAUCAACAGUUGCAUUUUUCCUGGUUUUUUUCUUUUUAACAAUAACUUUCUUAUUAUUAGCUAUAGCAGAAUUUAGUGGUAAAAUUAGUGUUAAAACUACUGCUGGAGUAUUUGGAUUAAUUACUGCUUUUUGUGCUUGGUAUUGUGCUUAUGCUGGUUUAGCUAAUCGUCAAAAUAGUUAUAUUACUGUUAAAGCUGUUCAAUUACCAGAUUUGGAAUCAAAAUGGAAAAAAAAUUAG